AUGUUUACUCUUCUACACUUCUUCAUCCUCAUGCAGCUGGCGGUUACCGUCGAUGCUACUUACUUGCACACCUACAUGAGUGGACGUUACGAGCAUCACUACCUUUUCGCUAGUUUCAUGUUGUUUGUCGUUUGGGAUGCUGGUGUCACGACUAUCAAGGAUGUGAUCGCGGACAUCAACGAUGACGGGAAUGCCGGUGAUGCAAGAGUCCCCAGGUACCGUCGUUGGUUGGCCCUCGUGCGUGCCUUCGGUCUUCGCUGGGGUGGUGGAUUGAUCCCUGGUGACAUCAAGGAGGCUGUCAACGACGUUGAAACAAACAUUGGAGUCCACGUUACCGAUUGGGAUCAUGAACUCCCUGCUCCUUACGACGAAGAUACGGAUGAUGAUGACAGCGAAGAAGAGGAGUAGGACUACCUUA